AUGCAAUGGCUUCGUGGCCCAACUUACGAUUCGAAGCGAGAACUGGACGAAAUGCGGGCCCACUUGAAAUUGUCCGAGACGGACUUCAAGGUCAAGGACUUGCUCAAGGAGAACAAGUACGUGGCCCCCAUGGCCCUGCUGCUCUUCUACCAGCUGGCCCGACAAAGCAUGGGCUAUUUCAACAUCAUCGGCCACACGGUGCAGAUAUUCGAAGACGCUGGGACAGACCACGAGAGUGCUUUUGACCCGUUUUGGGCCACUGUGGUCAACGGGGUCGGCGACAUCUUGGCACAGAUUGUGUCCUCAGUAGUGGUGGAAACAGUGGGCAGAAGGAAGCCAAUCCUCCUCUCAACCUUCCUCAUUGGCAUCUUCCAUGUUGGAUUUGCCAUCUACAUGUACUAUUGGACAAGCACUGAACCUGCUGACAGAUCUGAAGGAUUGAUUUCCACUUCUCGCUGGUUGCCCAUGUUGUCCAUCUACGGGUUCACAUUCACAUUCUGCAUUGGAAUGUCCAAUGUGCUGCUGGUGUUGAUGGGGGAACUGCUGCCUCUCAAGAUCAAGAACUUUGCAUUCUCACUUUGUUUUGCCUUCAACACCCUCUGCCAAUUCCUCAUGACCAAGUCCUGGAACAAAGGAUUAGCCUGGCUUGGAUACCAUGGAACAUUUUCCAUCUAUGCAGUAGCAGGGGUCAUCACGUUUUUUGUGUCAAUAUGGCUGCUACCAGAAACCAAAGGGAAGACAUUGUUGGAGAUAGAAAUCCUCUUGGGGAGGCAAGAGAUUUCCAGAAGAGAAUCACUGAGACUGAGGGAGAAAAAGUCCAAUGCUUCAACCAUGACACCUGAUCCUUGAUUUGGCAAGAAACUGCCAAAAAUAUUUUUGCACUACCAUGCAUUUUGUUCAUCACAGGCAUUUCUUUCCCACUUUUGAAGAAAAAAAACAAGGCUUUUAUUGUAUUUUAAAUGUGGCUCAAGUUUCAGGUGAUAGUUGAGUUGUGUGGAAGGGGAUUAAUUUAUUUUUUGGAAGAGACCACAAUUCUUUUCAGAUUUUUUCAAAAAUCUUUUCUACUUUCUUGUAGUGUUUUUUUGGUGAGAAAUAAAAGAACUUGGAUAUAUGGUUCCUGCAGACACA